AAGUUUAAAGUUGCAACGGCUUCAGAUGUCAACGAUCUCCCGCUCUAUUCGGCUGCAUUCCCCGGUCGCCAUCGGAACAAGUGUUGCGGACGCAUUACGACUGGCAAACGAUUCUUGCUUAUUUCGUUCCAAGUUUCUGGCGUGAGCUAUUUGCUUUGUGAAUUUGUGAUAUUUGUCGUGCGCAUGUUGGUUGUUUAGUUAAACGAGCGAUCGUAAAGCAAGGCCUGCGGUUCGGCAUAGUAGAGUGUGAGGUUAUCGCGAUUUGUUCAUAGCUGCUGGUACGGAAGCGCAAUACAAAAUGGAUACGGAAAACGUCCCCAACAAUCGCCUGGCCGCGUACAAACAUGGCUCCAAAUCGAACACGGAACUUCGUCAGCGGCGCCACGAGGUAACAGUGGAACUGCGCAAGAACAAGAAGGAGGAUCAACUGCUGAAACGACGCAACAUUACCGAGGAUGAUGGCCCAACCUCACCGCUGCAGGAAAACAAUUGUCAAAGCCCGGUGACGCUCAAGUUCGAGGAAAUCAUGCAGUACAUCCGAAGCGGGCAGCCGGAAAAGGAGCUUGCCGCGGUGCAGGCAGCCCGCAAGAUGUUGAGCCGGGAGAAGAAUCCGCCGAUUGAUAAAAUCAUCGGACUGGGCAUGGUGCCGGUAUGCGUGAAGUAUCUGUCCGCGUCCGACCGGCCGGCCCUUCAGUUCGAGGCGGCCUGGGCACUCACGAACAUUGCAUCCGGUACGUCCGAGCAGACCAAGGUCGUGAUCGAUGCGAACGCGAUUCCACGCUUUAUCGAGCUGCUCCGAUCGCCAUCCGUGACGGUAGCGGAACAGGCCGUGUGGGCGCUCGGUAACAUUGCCGGUGAUGGGUCGAAGGCGCGUGACAUCGUGCUGGAGCACAACAGUGUCGAUGCGAUCAUUGUACUGGUGAGCAAUGGCAAUACGCAGAUCUCCUUCCUUCGCAACAUCGUGUGGCUGAUGUCGAACUUGUGCCGCAACAAAAAUCCGGCCCCACCGUUCAACCGGAUCGAGCCAAUGAUUCCGGUGCUGUCUGCGUUGCUGGAUCACGAAGAUGCGCAGGUUCUGUCCGAUGCCUGCUGGGCACUGUCCUACGUCACCGAUGAUGAUGUAGUGAAGCUAGAUUCGGUCGUAGCGGCCGGUGCCGUGCCCAAGCUGGUCCGGCUGCUCGGAACAAACAAUCCGGCCAUCAUCACACCGGCACUGCGCAGCGUCGGUAACAUUGUGACGGGCAAUGACACACAGACUGACGCGGUGAUAGCGGCGAACGCACUGUCCCUGCUCACGAAUCUGCUGCGCCACACAAAGAACACGAUCGUGAAGGAGGCGGCCUGGACGGUGAGCAACAUUACGGCCGGCAACCAGAGCCAGAUCCAGCACGUGCUGGACUCGGGCAUUUUUAACGUGCUGAUCGACGUGCUGGCGAAUGGCGACUUCAAAUCGCAGAAAGAGGCUGCCUGGGCGGUCACCAACACUACGACGGGCGGCUCAACCGAGCAGAUCAUACAGCUGGUUGAGAAGUACCCGAUCAUGAAGCCGUACUGUGAUCUGCUGGAGGCCAAGGAUACGCGCACGGUGCGGGUGGUGCUGAGCGGGGUGGCCAACAUCUUCCAGAUCGCGGCCCAGAUCGGUGGCAUCGAGAAUCUGUGCACACUGUUCGAGGAGAUUGGCGCGCUGGACAAGCUGGAAACGUUGCAGAAUCACGAGAACGAAGACAUCUACCAGAAGGCGCUGCAGCUGAUCGAGACGUACUUCUGCGAUGCGGAAGACGUUAAUCCUGAGUGUGCCCCGAAGGAAGUCAAUGGAGCGCUGGAGUUCAACCCAACCACUCCACAGAACGGUGGGUUCUCCUUCUAAAUGGCGCUGCUUGCUGCGCGUUUCCGCCCUUCCCCAUCCAACCGCGGGUGGGCAUAGUAAUUUAAAACAAACAAAGCUUAACUCUAAAACAGGCCAACCGUGCCUCUCGUAGGGGAAUAUCGUUAAAACAGUUUUAUUUUUAUGUCUGUGAAAAAUAUUAUCAAAAUUCCAUCGACUUGCCUAAAACUCGAUCAGUGAUCAACGCCGUCUUAGUGGUUUUUAGCUUACCAUCUCCUUACCUGUUCCGCUGUUUGGCCACUGUGCAUGUGGUCUGCUUCUGUCUGUUUCUCCAUCGCUUUUAUUAGCAAGGCGGUAGUUUUUUUUUAAAUGUUAUGUUCUAAAUAUGCAACCCUCUCCAUCGUGUUUUACGCGGAACUGCUUUAAAUACAUUCACAAAACAAAUAUUGAAGCUAGCGAAUAGCUCGCGGGGUUAUA